ACCCAAGUCAGACUCAACUUUACAACACUGACACGGCUGGGAUUUGCAAUGUGCGCUGUCACUCGUUUUUUAUGGAAAAACCUGAAAAACGUUCGAGGGUAAAUCUGUGCAGUAAUUUGAUUUUAGUAAAAAGUUAAAGGUUCAACUUUUUCUUUGUGUUUCUUUUUUUUUUUGUGUGUAAAAGUUACAGAUACAGUUGAGUAGAUAUGCGCGUUGUUAUAUUUUACAGUGUGUUCUCCCGAAACAUCAGAAAGAAGUGUACAGUUGGUGGUGACUGCGAUAGCUAACCCUGCUGCUGGGAGAACAGAACUUCAGCAAAUUUACUUUUGAACUCACUUUGAUUUAACUUUCGAUGAUCGAGGUUUCGAGUUUCGCUCUCCGAAAAACGUGAUUUUUUUGGGGUCUCUUUGGGUUGAGUCUUUUUAAACAUAUAUUUUUUCUCGGGUAAAUAGUUUUUUUGGAUAUUUUUUGUUGGAAUAAACAUGGAUCCGAGCCAACACAACCCCCCGGCCGGUCACCAGAUAAUCCACGUCCGUGGAGACUCCGAGACGGACCUGGAGGCCCUUUUCAACGCUGUUAUGAACCCGAAAAAUACCAUCGUCCCCCCCUCCGUCCCAAUGAGGAUGAGAAAGCUUCCAGAUUCCUUCUUCAAACCGCCAGAGCCAAAGUCCCACUCCAGACAAACCAGCACAGACGCAGGUACAGCCGGUGCCAUCGCCCCCCACCACGUGCGUGCCCACUCGUCCCCUGCCUCCCUACAGCUAGGGGCAGUGUCUCCCCUGUUGGGCAUGGUCCCUGCUGGCGCUCCCCCAUCGCACCUCCGACAGUCGUCUUAUGAGAUCCCAGAGGACAUGCCCCUGCCCCCGGGCUGGGAGAUGGCCAAGACCCCCUCUGGACAAAGAUACUUCCUCAACCAUCUGGACCAGUCGACCACCUGGCUGGACCCUCGUAAGGCCCUCCUACAGAUGAACCAGGCCCCUCCCACCAGCCCUGUACCAGUCCAGCAGCAGAACAUCAUGAGCCCCGCUAGUGGUCCUCUCCCUGACUGCUGGGAACAAGCCGUAACCUCAGAGGGAGAGGUCUACUACAUCAACCACAAGAACAAAACCACCUCUUGGCUCGACCCGCGCCUCGACCCGCGCCUCGACCCGCGCCUCGACCCGCGCUACGGCCUGAACCAGCAACGUAUCACCCAGAGUGGUCCAAGCAAGCAGGGGGGACAACUGCCCUCCAGUCCCGAGAGCAGAGGAGUCAUGGGGGGCAGCAACCAGAUGAGGCUCCAGCAGCUGCAGAUGGAGAAGGAGAGGUUGAGACUUAAACACCAGGAGCUGCUCCGCACCAGACCACAGGAGCUGGCUUUGAGGACCCAACUACCUGUCAGUAUGGAGCUGGACGGGGGGACUCCCAACCCUGUGACGUCCCCUGGGAUGGGCCAGGACGCCAGAACCAUGACAACCAACAGCUCCGACCCAUUCCUCAACAGUGGGACCUACCACUCCAGGGAUGAGAGCACGGACAGCGGUCUGAGUAUGAGCAGCUACAGUGUCCCCCGUACCCCCGACGACUUCCUCAACAGUGUGGACGAGAUGGACACUGGGGACGCCCUGCCGGUCUCCAUGGGGACGCAGCCCAGCCGUUUCCCUGACUACCUGGACACCAUCCCGGGGACGGACGUGGACCUGGGCACGCUGGAGAGUGACAACAUGGCCAUGGAGGGGGAGGAGCUUAUGCCUAGUCUCCAGGAAGCCCUUAGCUCCGACAUCCUGAACGAUAUGGAGUCGGUCCUGGCCGCCACAAAGAUCGACAAGGAGAGCUUCCUCACAUGGUUAUAACAUGGCUAUAACAUGGUUAUAACAUGGCUAUAACAUGGCUAUAACAUGGUUAUAACAUGGCUAUAACAUGGCUAUAACAUGGCUAUAACACAUUUAUAGAACACGCUGGAUCCUUAUACAGUGGGGGUUCCCAAACUUUUGUUUUCCCUGGGUCCCAUCUGAGGUGGGUGUUGUGACCCCCCAUCGGACUUGAACAGUGGAACUGCAUAUUCUGACCUACUGGUAUAUAGAGGAGGGGAGGGGA